CACUGAGUGAGAUCCCCUUGUCCUAUACUCCUAUCCAAAUGGUACAAUCUUGCUUGCAAGUUGCUGAAUAAUAAGUAGUGGAGCAGCAGUAGUGGCAUAUAAACACACACAGGCAGGCAGGCAGCAGCCUCGCUAGCUAGCUGCUGGUGAGGCAAAUUCAUCAGUUAUCACUUCGAAGGUUGCAGUGUGUGAGGCACAGGAAGAAGACAACCACAUACUAUUGCUACUCCCCUGUGACUCUGUGUGUGUGCACUAGCUUGCUAGAUGCAGACAAGCUGUGGAAGCAAAAGGAGAAUGGCUCGUAGCUUCCGCUUUGUUCCCUUGCUCCUCCUCAUCACCUUGCUCUUGCUCAUCUCCUUCGCCAGUGGUACUGCUGCAUUGGCCUCCAUGCACAGUAGCAGUGAAGAAGACACUACUGCCAGUAAUGCAACUGCUGCUGCAAGGCUGAGGCCAGGGAAGGAGCUGCUUAAGUACAAGAGGAUCAGGGCUCUCCUCAAGAAGCUCAACAAGCCUUCUCUCAAGGACAUUCAGAGCCCAGAUGGUGAUAUCAUAGACUGUGUUCCCUCUCAUCUCCAGCCUGCAUUUGAUCACCCAAAGCUCAAGGGCCAAAAGCUUCUGGAUCCACCGGAGAGGCCCAAGAACCACAACUUCACCAUUGCUGGCAGCAGCGCCAGUGGAGUAGGUGAGGUGGUGGUGGUGCAGGCAUGGCAUGCCACCGGCGAGGAGUGCCCGGAAGGGACGGUGGCGAUACGGCGGACGACGGAGAAGGACCUUCUCAGGGCCAGCUCCCUCCGGCGGUACGGCAGGAAACCAGCGCGCCGGACUUCUCGCCGUGAUUCCACCAGCAGCGGCCAUGAGCAUGCAGUUGGAUAUGUGAACAGUGAGAAUUACUAUGGGGCCAAAGCUAGUGUUAAUGUGUGGUCACCAAGGAUAGGUGACCCAUCUGAGUUCAGCCUGUCACAGAUCUGGGUCAUCUCUGGCUCUUUCGGCAAUGAUCUCAACACCAUUGAAGCUGGAUGGCAGGUCAGCCCUGAGCUGUACGGAGACAGUAACCCAAGGUUCUUCACAUAUUGGACAACUGAUGCAUAUCAAGAGACCGGGUGCUACAACCACAACUGCCGUGGAUUUGUGCAAACGACCAAUAAGAUCGCGAUCGGCGCAGCUAUCACGCCAGAGUCGGUGUACAACGGAAGGCAGUUUGAUAUUACCGUGAUGCUAUGGAAGGACCCCAAGCAUGGGCACUGGUGGCUGGAGGUGGGGCCGGGGGUGGUGGUGGGCUACUGGCCGUCGUACCUGUUCACCCACCUGGCGCACCACGGCAACAUGGUGCAGUUCGGCGGCGAGGUGGUGAACACGCGGCCGUCGGGGUCGCACACGGCGACGCAGAUGGGCAGCGGCCACUUCCCCGGCGAGGGGUUCGACCGCGCCGCCUACUUCCGGAACCUGCAGGUGGUGGACUGGGACAACAGCCUCAUCCCGGCGGCCAACCUCAAGCUCCUCGCCGACCACCCGGCCUGCUACGACAUCCAGGGCGGCUCCAACGCCUACUGGGGCAGCUACUUCUACUACGGCGGCCCCGGCCGGAAUGUCAGAUGCCCUUGAAACCAAACGAUCCAUCCAUCCAUCCAUCUGCCCUGCAUGCAGGCUCUCGAUCUCCAUCUUCUUCCAUUCUUUCUUUCUUUUUCUCUUUUUUGGGUUUGGUUUCCUGCUUCUGCUCCGUUCUUUUUCUGCAUCUUCUUCUUUUGUGAUAGAGGUUGGUUAAUUAAUUCUAGGAUAUUAUUCUAUUUGUUAGGUCUUACUAGAUCUUCAGCUGCUGAAUGCAUGUAGAGGUAAAUUGAGAGGGAUAUGUAAAUUUGAGAACCUCCUUAAUUUUGGGGAUCAAUAUGCAUGCAUUCAGUUCACACUUCA